AUGAUCACAGCACAUCAUCGAAACGAGCCUACGCCGCUCUACCUACACGCCGAACUGCUCCCUAACAUCCGCCACAUAACGCUCUACGCGUCGCUGCCUGCAACGGUACAAUCGCAAAAUAUCCAGCCGGAGAUCUGCUUAUCCGGCUCGUGUCGUGCUAUUACUAUAUCUCUCCCGCCACCGUACGACCAUGUCACGGAUACACUCAAGUUACCCGCUCGUGUAAAUGAAGCAUCACGGCGGGCCUUGAGUAUGGCUGGACAGCAAGCUGGGGAUGCUAAGAACCAGCGAAACGGUCAACGGGAAUACUCGUUCAGAAUGCAGAUCGACGAUGAAGAUAAUUCGCUGCUCUCGAGAGAAGAGCAUGUGGAUAGCUUUGUGCCGUGGACUGCGAUGGACAUGACUCACUGUACUAUGCUGCGUUGUCGCCAUUGUAAGAAUAUUCUUCUUGACUCACGUGUGUCGUGCGACUCCAACCUUGAGGCGAAGAGUAUACAGGGCUGGGUGUGGAAAGACUUGCCUAGCGGGAAUUGGGCUGAGAUGAUGGAUUUCUGGCACUGUCACAAGCCGGAUCCUCAUGAAGGCCAUGACCAUGAUCAUACCAAUGGUAUUGCCACGGAGGACCAGAAUGCUACGGUGAAGGGGUAUGGUGCCCUGAAUCAGGUUGUUGCAACUCCAGGGACUGUUUUAGUGGACGUCGCAACUUUUCUCAUAGCGGAUAUCGACUGCCUUAUUCUAGACUGCGAUCCUAUCCAAUGUAUGGUAUGGGCAAAAAAAGAAGGAGGCCAUUUCAUUACCAUGCUUUGGUCUUCGAUACAAUUGCCCUACAAUCACUGCAUCUUGGUCUCUCUUUUGGUCGAAAAGAAGAGUGCAAUUGCCGCUUCCAUGGAGGCACAGACGGAUUUGCUUUGCGACAAUUGCAAUGGCCUAAUAGGGAUUGAAGACACGGUUGCCAAAGGAUGGCGAUUAUUCAAAACAAGCGUAUCUGUAAACCGGCAGUUGUCGCAAGGCGCGCACGAAGACCCAGCAUGGGAAAGUCAUCCUUUGGAGGUGGUUGUAGCAGCUCAAUUGUUAGAGCUAAUUGAGAGAGAAAGUGCUCGACGAUUUGUUCUCCAUUGUGGACAAGGAGAUGGACUACUGAUCUGGGUUUUCAAUCCAGACAUGCAGUAUUCGAAUUCGCACUCUGAUCACAGUAUCAAUGCGCAACGGGCCAUGAAAAUCUUGUUUCAGGAUGUUACUAACGUGGAUGAGAUGCUUCAACCUGAUCGUGGCAAGGCGUCAUCAUUGUCCCUGGAGGAACUUCGACUGCCAUCAGGUGUCUUGUCUGUUGUUCUGCAAGGGAGUUUCGGGAAUGGAAGGUUGGCAUUAUGCAUCGGUUUGACCGGGCAAAGAAUGUUUAAGAAGUAA